AUGUACAGGACAGACAACAAGGAUGGUUUGUCAAUAGAAAAUACGGUGCGUACGAACUUGGUUCAUUUUCAGAAUUGGUCCAAUGUUGUGAUCUGUGAAGAGUCGUUGGAAUGGGAAGAUAGAAUCAUAAGAUUAAUUUCAGGUAUUCCACCAACUACUUUAUCCAAUGGUGAAAGUGACGAGAACGGAAAUCCUACAAGAGAGUUCCUUUUACCAAUUAGUUUAGCUCAGUACAACGCAGAGCAUCUAACAAUCGAAUGUUUGGAUCAGAUAUUCGAUAAACUGUGUAAUUCAGAAACAAAAAGGAUUAUUUUAUCAAUUGUUAAUGAUGAUGGGACCACUGUAUUCUAUUUCGUGUACAAAGGUGUCCAUAAACCAAAAAAAAAUUAG